CACCAUCCCAUCCCGUCUUCCAAAUGGAAUCCGAUUCAGACUCUGAUGGCUCUCACAUCUCCGCCACUCCUCCCAGAGACCCAAUUCCACCACCUCCACCGCCACCGACUCUUCUCUCUUCCAACAAAUUCAGAUUUAGGGCUAGAGCCUCCUCUUCCCGCUCCACACCCACUUCAAAAUCCCCAAAACCCUCUUCCGAUCCCAAACUCUCACCCCAAGACCCCUCACCCACCCCCUCUCCCCUCUAUUCUCUCCCUUUCCAAAUCCGCGGCCCCUCCCUUCCCAACCGCCCAAUCCCCACCCUCGAAACCCUUCCCGCCCGCCACCUCUCCCACUUUGCAUCGUUCUCCAAACUCCGGAGACCCUCUCUCAAUUUCCAAGACGACCCCUCUCCACCUCCUCCUCCUCUACCCAAAGCUGAGAGUGAUUCGGUUCCGCAAGAACCAAAAGGUGAAUCUGUGAAUUCGGCGAAUUUUGUGAAGAGGCGUCCCAAUUUGAUUGGAGGGAAUGCGCCUCUGCCUCCUGUGAAAAUACGAAAAUGUGGUGGUGAAGGGAAUUUUGUGAAGCUGAACAUGAAUAGGAGCAGCAAGCGCAAGUUCGUGAACAGAGGAAGAGGAAGGAAUAGUUAUGCUUCGUCUGGUAGAAAAUCUUAUAGAAGGGGUAGGAGAAGAUUGAGACCUGAAGGUGGGAAUGAAGGGGAGAACAACAGUGUGUGUGAAGAGGAUGGUUUGGUUGCAGAAAGCGCAGGACAGAGGCAGAAGAAAUACGAUUGUGAUUUGGUUGAGGCGGCGGUGUCGUCAGCGAGGAACGAGCCGUCAGAUGAGAACUUGGUUAGGUUGUUGAAGGUCGUGUACGGCUACAAUUCGUUCCGAGACGGCCAGUUGGAGGCAAUUAGGAUGGUGCUUGCUGGGGAGUCGACAAUGCUGGUUCUGCCGACUGGUGCGGGGAAGUCGCUGUGCUAUCAGUUGCCAGCGAUGGUGUUGCCAGGGAUAACGGUGGUGGUGAGUCCAUUGGUGGCGCUGAUGAUCGAUCAGCUGAGACAUCUGCCUCCCAUGAUCCGCGGCGGUCUUCUUUGUAGCAGUCAGACGGCUGAUGAAGUUUCCGAGACGCUCAGGCAGCUUCAAGAAGGGACUAUCAGGGUGCUUUUUGUCUCACCCGAGAGAUUUUUAAAUGCAGAAUUCUUGUCAGUAUUUUCUACUAAUUUAUCUACAUCGCUUGUUGUGGUUGAUGAAGCUCACUGUAUCUCUGAAUGGUCACACAAUUUCCGGCCUUCAUACACGAGACUUAGGGCAUCAAUGCUUCGUGCCCGGCUCAAUGUUGGAUGCAUUCUUGCAAUGACUGCUACUGCCACUACCACAACUUUGCACUCGGUUAUGUCUGCUCUAGCUAUUCCGCAAACCAAUCUUAUUCAAAAAGCACAAUUAAGGGAUAAUUUGCAAUUGUCAGUAUCUUUGAGUGGAAAUAGAAUGAAAGAUUUGCUGAUGUUGAUAAAGUCUUCUCCCUUUAAGGAAGUUCAGAGCAUCAUUAUAUACUGCAAAUUUCAGUAUGAAACCGAUCAAAUAAGUAGAUGCUUAUGCGAUAACAAUAUCUCUGCAAAGAGCUAUCACAGUGGUAUCCCUGCUAAAGACCGUAGCCGUACACAGGAGUUGUUUUGUUCUAACAAAAUUAGAGUGGUUGUUGCAACUGUGGCGUUUGGCAUGGGACUUGACAAGCAGGAUGUUGGAGCUGUAAUUCAUUACCGCUUGCCAGAAAGCUUGGAGGAAUAUGUUCAGGAGAUUGGGCGUGCUGGAAGGGAUGGGAGGUUGUCCCAUUGCCAUCUCCUUUUUGAUGAUGACACAUACUUCAAACUUCGUAGUCUUAUGCACAGUGAAGGAGUCGAUGAAUUUGCAGUGAACAAAUUUCUCACUGAAGUUUUCAGCAAUGGCAAGAAUUCGCAAGGGAAAGUGUGUUCGUUAGUCAAAGAAUCUGCAUCCCGCAAGUUUGAUAUGAAAGAAGAGGUGAUGCUGACUCUUCUAACGCACUUGGAGUUGGGUGAAGUGCAAUACUUGUGUUUACAUCCUCAGAUGAAUGUGACUUGCACUCUAAAUUUCCACAAUACUUCCCCAGUGCUGCUUGCUGAAAAGGAUAGAGUGGUUGCAGCAAUUCUUAAGAAAUCUGAAACUAAGCAAGGGCAAUAUGUGUUUGACAUACCUACUGUGGCAAAUAGCAUUGGGAUUACAGCUAUUGACCUGUCAAAUCAGUUGCAGAAUUUAAAGUUCAAGCGAGAAAUAACAUAUGAGGUGAAGGACCCAGCAUAUUGUUAUACAAUUAUGGAAGUACCAGGGGAUUUUUUUUCUCUAUCAGCUCAUCUUACAAAAUGGUUAUCAGAAGUUGAAAUCUGUAAGGUACGGAAGUUGGAUGCAAUGUUUAAUGCUGCAGCCUUUGCGGCGAAUGUGUGUGAAAAGAUGCAUGGUUGCUAUGGUUGUCAGCAUACACCAUGCUUGCAAAGAAAUAUUUUGGAUUACUUCAAUGGAGAAGAUAAUUCUGACAUUUCUAAUAAGAUGGGUCAAAGCAGCCCAUUUUUGCGAGCAGAUAUAAAGGUCUUUCUACAGGGUAACUCACACGCUAAAUUCACCCCCAGAGCUGUUGCAAGGAUAAUGCAUGGAAUUGCAAGCCCAGCCUAUCCUUCUACGUCUUGGUCUAAAACUCAUUUCUGGGGAAGGUAUACACAAAUAGACUUCCAGGUGAUAAUGGAAGCAGCACAAGCAGAACUCAUGAAUGUUGUAGGAAAGAAUGCACUCUAACUGUCCAGGAUCAGGCAUCCAGCAAAUAAACUGCAGCGCCUCUGAAGAUGUUGCCUAGACUUAUUGGCCUUGCAAAGUGUUUACUGCGAGUCAAAUCGCAAUUCAAAAGAUGACAUGUUUGACCACAGCGCAACAUUACGGAUGAUUUUAUUUGUCAACGUACAAAUGUGCUAACUUAUGGCAGGAAGGGCCGAGUGAAGAUUUGCAUGAACCAGAGGGAAGGGCCCAAGUAUGAAAUCCAACUCCUCAUAGCUUCCAUACAUUCAUCAUAUUACAGUUCUUAACGUGGCAUAGUUAUUUCAACAACAGGGUAUUUAGAAACCAUACAAGGGUUGAGCAAUUUAAUCUGCAACUGGAUUCUGAUCUCAAUACCUGGCUGACAAUCCAAAUGGGUUGCCUUGUUCUUAGGCUGCCCGUACAAUCCAACAGGGAAAAGAGUUAAAGACGGAACUGUUAUCUUUUUUCUUGGAGUGGUUAUUACCAAAUGGUAUUAUUAAUGGGUGCCUUGCCGUUAAAUCAGAGGGUUUCGUUAGAAAACAGUUGAGUUGAAUUUUGCAUCAUUUCAUUGGAAGUGAGACAGAUGGGUUUGUAAAUGUUAUCAUAAACGGCACUCCGUGUUGGUCCGAUGAGAGGAAUAUGAUUUUUGGAAUUUGUAUAAAACCGGUU